GUUUUGGUGCGUGUGUACAACGUUUCCAGCGCUUAUGCACUGUCUCCACUCUCAGCUUAUUAAAACGGAGAUGACCAAGAGGGAGAGAGACAAUAAGAACUUCAGCAUCGCACUCAAGUCAUUGUCAACAUACUUAUUAUCUUAGCCCUAUCAAGUGACUACAACCUUUCCAAGACGAAUAGAUUUAGCCAAUUUGAAUUCUUGUUAAAUGGGCAUUUCCCGGAGACGGGAAGUAUUGCUAUUGAAAUGUUUAGUAUUUUAUGUUAAAAAUGCAACUACUGGAUUUUAUUUCAUAACUUGCUCUGCGUUUUUGUUUGAGAAGUGGACAACAUUCUGACGGUAUAGUAUCGCCUUCAUACUUCAAACCAAAAGGACCUUGCGCAGAUGAAAAGUUGUCCAACUGAGUUUUUUAUUUUGGCGCUUUGGGAAUUUAAAAGGGAAUAAAGAGACUUAGGAACUGAUGAUGACGAAGACUGUCAAAUUUAUCACGGGAAUAUUUAUAGUUUUCCAGUAUCAAAUAGCUCAUGUGGAAUUGAUGCCUGCCAGUGGUCUGGGGAGUGUGUCUGAGGACCAGGGAUCCUCCAGCCAGAGGUGGAGGAGGUGGCUGGCCAUCCCCAGGCCGGGUGCCCCGAGCUGGGCCAGUGACGACCGCCACAGCCACUACAAGGACCAGGAUGACCUACUGACUGAGGAAAGACAUGACAACAGCUCCCAGAUUGAAGACAUGAACCAUAGCUACUACACAUCUAAGAUCUACGGGGCUACAGAGACUGCUGGUAAAUAUCUGUGGGUGGACAUAGAUCAGCUGGACCCAGGGAAGGGGAAGAUCCACGGCCUGCUGUCCAACACACACAGACAAGCAGCGAGUGUUCAUCUGUCCUUUGACUUCCCGUUCUAUGGUCACAUACUCAGAGAAAUCACAGUGGCAACUGGUGGUUUCAUCUACACAGGCGAUGUCAUCCACAGGAUGCUGACGGCCACUCAGUACAUCGCCCCUCUGAUGGCCAACUUUGACCUCAGUACGUCCACAAACUCGACCAUCAGUUACUUUGACAACGGUACAGCCUUGGUAGUCCAGUGGGAUCAGGUUCACCUACAGGACAGUGUAAGUCAAGGCCCAUUUACCUUCCAGACCGCUCUGCACAGCGACGGACGCAUCGUCUUCGCCUACAAAGAGGUUCCCAUUGACAUCAGUGAGAUCAGGUCAGUGAACCAUCCUGUCAAAGUGGGCCUCUCAGACGCAUUUGUGGUGCUUCAUGAGAUUGAGCAGAUACCCAAUGUUCGCAGGAGGACCAUCUAUGAGUACCACAAAGUGGACAUCCUCAAGUCCAAGAUCGCCAACUCUACAGCGGUUGAGAUGCUUCCUCUGCCCACUUGUCUUCAGUUCUCCAGCUGUGGACCUUGUAUGUCAUCUGAGAUCGGCUUCAACUGCAGCUGGUGCAGCAGACUGCACAGGUGUUCCAGUGGCUUUGACCGGCAUCGUCAGGACUGGGUAGAUAAUGGCUGUCCUGAAGCGGGGAAAAACCAGAGCUGUGUUCAGAUGGUUCACACCAACACCACAACACCUUACAAUGUGCCUAACGCUCACACUACAACCACUCCAGUUGCCAUGACAAGAACAGUGCGACAGCGGACUACCACCUCCAUCACCACAACUACCUCCUCUACCACCACUACCACUGCCACUACUACAUCCAGAGCCAGACCUAGCCCCACUGUCACCACUGCCCUCCCCUUCACCAGUGCUCCUAUGGUGGAUGACACUAAGUUUUCCCUGCACACAGAAAAAGAAUCGCCUGCGGAGGUGGACGAGCCAGAGGAGGAGCAGAGAGAGGUGCGCCUGCAGACUGGUCUCCUGGUGGGCAUCUCGCUGGUCAUGAUCACCAUGGCAGCAGCCAUCAUAGCAACGGUGUACAUGUACAACCACCCGACCUCAAGCGCCAGCCUAUUCUUCAUAGAGAGGCGGCCCGCACGCUGGCCAGCCAUGAAGAUGAGGUUCUGCCGCAGCUCAGGGAACCCUGCGUACGCCGAGGUGGAGGAUCCAGGGCUGGAGAAGGACGAUCUGGUGGUCAUCGACCCCAAACACACCUUCGUCAUCUCCGGCCACGACCGCAGGGAGAGCUUCAUGGACAGCAAGGAUGGAUUCAUCGUCCCCAACCAAAGAGAACGGUUCCUGUCAGACCAUUGCUGACCGGACCUGACUGGAUCUAAACGGAUCUGACUGAACCGGACCUGACUGGAUCUAAACGGAUCUGACUGAACCGGACCUGACUGGAUCUAAACGGAUCUGACUGAACCGGACCUGACUGGAUCUAAACGGAUCUGACUGAACCGGACCUGACUGGAUCUAAACGGAUCUGACUGAACCGGACCUGGCCAAAACUAACCAGACCUGACCAUUCAGGAGGCUUUGGAGAGGAACUAGUAUUUUAUACUGUGGAAGGAGAAUGUAUACUUUUGCUACAUUGCAUUCUAACUAAAGUGCAUGAAUAAAGGAACAGACUGGAUUUGUAAGAAACCAUAUUCAGACACUUAGAGGACAAAUGGAAGUUUGUGGGGUGAAAAGUGUUGGUUUAAACAAAAAAAUAAGCGUUUGGGCCUUCAGUUCUACCGUGGAAGUGGAAUUCCUUGAACUAAUAGAUGGCCUUUUAUUUAGCACGUACAAACGUCAAGGUUCAGAGCUGCUGAGGAAGAAAAACUAGCUGAUUUUAAAAAACUAUGAAAUAUAUAAGCUAAGAAUGUCAUCAGCAUGUUGACCAGGUUUUGUUUUUCCUGGUGGGAUGCACUGCUACAGCUGACUGGAGAUGGAAAUGGCAGUGCCUCAGGAGAAUCUCAGGCCGACUCAGAGUGACUCAACUCAACGACAGCUACAGGACAAUCUUGAACAAUGUGCUGAUGAUUCUCUACUGUACAUAUGCUUAACCUGCUGUCAUUUUCAUGACAUUUGAAACAUUUGUGAUUUGUGUGAGAAUUCUGUGAUUGCAGAGGACAGGACACAUAAUACAUUAAACUGGACAGAUUAAUUAACCUAUACCUCUCAGGUAAUUUAGUCGUGUUUACUAAAUGCAGGCCUCAGUGCAGGUGGUGGAGGUAGAAUGCUGUUGAAUGUCUAUGGAAAACAAAGGCAAGAGCACUGUUUGGGUGAAACAAGUGGAUGUUAGAAGAUGCUCCUGGAAGCACUCAUUGGAACAUAAAGGUUGUGUUUAGAGAGUCAGCCCAAUUCUGAUAUAUUUUCCACUAAUUGGUCUUUUGACCAAUCAAAUCAGAUCAUUUCACAUCAAAUAUUUUUCAGCGAUGAUCUGAUUGGUCGAUUGACCAAUUUAGUGAG